GCUAGCGUCAUCUAGCAAUUGUCAAACCACAUUAUUCGCAAACAUGUUUAUUAACAGUUCGUGACUUGGUUGAUCACUAGACCUUUAGAAACAUUACAGGUUAUUACAGUUAUGAGUAUAAUGGUUCGAAAGUUUAUCAUGUGUCGAAAGGAUUCGGACCAUAUGGAAGUGCUUAAAAUUUGAAUUGAAGUCAGUCAAAUUAUUUGAAGAUUAAUCGUAGUUAGAAAAAAGGACAAGCUAUAGAGAAAUGGGUUCAUCAAGACAGCAAGAUCGAUCUCUAAAUGCAGGAAUAUCUCUUCCACAAUGGAUGAAAGGAAAAAUAGACAACAGAUUCGACUUUGACGAAAGUGCAUUCAGUCCACCAUCCCACGACGAAGGUUUUUUCUGCAUACGGUAUCCAAAAUCACAGAAUUCUACUAGUACUACUCAAGAUUUUAGAUCCGUUAAAAAGGUUUUCAAUGAUAAUACAAUUACAACUUCUACAAAUCAAGUUACAUCCAGUCAACAAACACAUUCUAAAUUCAAAGAAGCGAAAGAGAUUGAUUUUAGUCAGCAUCCAUUACCUUGCCAACCAUUUGUUCCAACUGCAAUCAAUAAAGUAAAUACAACAUUAGUGGGAAGUAUAAAACCAGCUAAAUCUCAAGGAACUGAUGAUGGAUUUCAUGGUGAACCAGCUCUCUGUGGCAAGUCCAUAGUUCAUGUAGCUAAUCAAAUGAUGUCUAAUAAGUUUAAUAAACCACAUACUUCUGUGGCAACAGUCGAACAAGAAUUAAUUCCAAGAAAGGGUAGUAAAUCUUUACCAGCUACGCCAUUAGCUUCACCGAUCACCAGUCCAGAUAGUUCACCAAAAUCACGCAGAAAGAAUCACUCAAAUCGUUAUUUUACUGGAGCCUUUAUUCCUGACCGAGAUAAAUAUCAAGGCAGCUGGAUAUUAGCUAGCAUAUUGGGUCAAUCACGAGAAAUUGUAACCUCAAAAAUAGAAGAAGAACAGGACAGUGGCAUAGAUAUUGCUCCACCUAAAAUAUUGAAGAGAAAAAAAUCUAUAUCCUCACAAAAUCUUACAUAUAUUGGAAAGGAUGAAAAAACUUCGGGAAAAUCAUCUUCCCAGACAAAUAUUUUGCAAGCAAAGCCAUCAGAGUUAAGAGAAAUGAAUUUUUGGUCUCCUACAUCUAUGUAAACUCGUUUUUAUCCAUAAUAUUUCUUUGAUUACAAAUUUAUAUACUAAUCGAUUAUGGUAUGUAUAUAAGAUAUAUAACGAUCAUUGUUUCUAUAAAUAGCAGUUUCUCUCUUUGUGGAUUGAUAUUAUUGUAAAGACGAAUUGCUAUGGAAACAAUGCUAUUAUGACCUAUAGACAAUAUAGUUCACAGUAUUUGAUUAACAGUAUGUCCAAAUUUGUCAUUGAAGUGUGAAAUUUUCUAACUUAUAUUAAUAAUAUCAUUUUCUAUUUCUUGCACAGAAUAUUUGUCUAAUCAACAUUAUUAAAAAAUCAUGUCAAAUAAUAUUGCCUUCUUUAUUCCCAUUCGAAAUGUAAUUCUUAUACAAUGUUUAGAAUUUAUUAAAUAUAUUAUGGGAUACAUUACUAUUUUAACUCUUUUCUUACGGUGGAAUUGGCCGCCAGUAUGCUGCAUUAUAUGAGACAAUUGAAUCGCAAGUGCACAUCUUACUGUAGAACGUAACGUAUAAUACUUUGUCGUAUUGUACAAAUUAUCAAAUUUUCAUUCAAGUUAUGUGAAAUAAAUAUAAAACAAAUUAUAAAAAUGAAUAUACGUCAGAAGAAAGUUGGUUACCUUAAAGAUAUAAAGAUGUGUUACGUUCAUUCAGAAUUCUUAAUUCAGACAGAAUUUUGUCGGCUGAUUAAAUCACCUUUAGUAAUGAAAGGGUUAAUAAAAGCAAGCAGUUAUAUUUUA